UAAAAACUCAAUAAUUUUAUAUCACCCAGCAUUAGACGAAAAUGGGCAAAAUAUCAGUAUCAAAUAACAAAAACAAAAACAAAUUACUGCAUGAUCCUUUAUAUAAAGAUUUGACCGAAGAUGGCUUGUAUAGAAAGAGAAACAAAAAAAUAGCCAAACAGAAAAAGAAUGAUAAUGAUAAUGAUAACAGCGAGGAAUACAUUGAUUCAGUGACCUCUGGAAAAAUUUUACAAUUAGCAAAGGAGCAGCAAGAAGAAAUAGAAAUUGAAGAAAGGAAGAAUAGGAAAUCCAACUCAAUAAGGAAUGAUUUGGAUUAUGCAUCAGAUGAAGCCAAUGAAGAAGAGUAUAAUAAUGGGGAUUUUUAUGAUUUUGGAGAAGAAGAAUUGGAAUACAGCGAUGUUGAACAAGAAGAAAUCGAAGAAGUAGAUGGCGAUGACAUUGCAUUAUAUGAUAGGUAUCUUAAUGGGAAUGGUCCAACAUUCGAUGGACUCAAUGGAUCAUAUAAUUUAGCAGAUAAAAUUUUAGCAGAAAUUGCUAAAAAGAAGGAAAGAGAUGAAAUUCUCGCUAGUGGGAAGGGCCCCAUUAAUGCUGUGGAAGUUCCACCAAUAGUUAUUGCAGCCUAUUCUAAAUUAGGACAGUUAUUAUCUACAUGGAAACAUGGGAAAUUGCCUAAAAUAUUUAAAAGAUUGCCCAUAGAAGUAAAUUGGGAGGAUUUGUUGUACAUCACUCAGCCAGAAAGUUGGACUCCCAAUGUAUGUUAUGAAGCAACAAAAUUAUUUGUUUCAAAUUUGGAUGCAAAAGGUGCCCAAAAAUUCAUUGAAAUGGUUUUACUCGAUAGAGUCCGAAAGGACAUCGAAGAUAGUGAACAGAAUAAAUUGAACUACCAUCUUUAUCGUUCCUUAAAGAAAUCAUUGUAUAAACCAGCUGGGUUUUUCAAAGGAUUUUUAUAUCCACUAGUUGAGACAGGAUGUACCAAAAGAGAGGCGAUUAUAGUUGGAUCAAUAUUAUCAAAGGUCUCAGUACCUCCAAUACAUUCUGCUACUGCAUUGACACAUUUAUUGAAAUUGGAUUUUUCGCCAACCACCACAGUGUUUAUAAGAGUUUUAUUGGAAAAAAAAUACGCAUUGCCAUACCAAACAAUUGAUGAGUUGGUGUUUUAUUUUAUGAACUUUAGAUUAAUCCAACAAACAAAUAAAUAUGAUGAAGACUUGAAUAUGAGAGAUGAUGAGCUUGAACCAGAUUUGAAGGCAUUGAAGAGGAAACAUCCCCCAUUGCCUGUAGUGUGGCAUAAGGCAUUUUUGGCAUUUGCUCAAAGAUACAAGAAUGAUAUCACAGAAGACCAGCGAGACUUUCUUUUAGAGACAGUUCGUCAACGAUUCCACAAGGACAUUGGACCAGAAAUAAGACGAGAGCUAUUAGCCAGUCAGCCCCGAAUGGAGGCAGGGCUCAAGGAACCUGAAAAGGAGGUGCAAAUGAUUGAUGUGUUCUAAGACCUUUUUUUGUUUCAUGUCUUUCAGCUUACAUAUUUUAUAAAUUUUAUAAAUUUUACAUAUUUUAUAUAUUUCUGUUUCGCUCCGAUUUUUGAUUGGUGGUGUUACAGUCAUAAAGAAGGAAAAACCAGUGGUGCGGAUGUGUUCUGCUGUUGUUGGGCCGCAGAUGCAGUUCCGGUUGACAGCCUUCGGAAUGAACCCGAAACUCAGCGUACUGAAAAAUUAUUGCUGGAAU